GAACUUAAAGAAGGCUUCGAUAAACAUUUUAAAUACAAUUAAUAAUAAUGUCUCACAGCUGUCAUAGAAAACAAAAUGGUGGAAUAAUAUUGAAAGUGGAGUCGCAAUAUUUCGUUUAAUUGGAUGAAAAAGGAUUUUAACCAAAUGGUCUGAACCCCAAGAUUCCAACCUCUAAGAACACGAUCAGAGCAUUGCCAUGUCUCGCAGGCAGACAGACAAGAAUUCCAACUCAUAUAGCCGUCACUAUGAUAGCAACAGCAGCGAUACAGAAUAUUCAGAGCCUGAGGAGAGAAGGAAAGCAUGUAUCAAGCGCUCGGGGAGUUUUAGAACCACAAAGCAGAAACCAUGUUUAGUGCGGAAAUCUUCAAGUGAAAUGGAACGGGAUGAAUUACCACCUCCAGCAUUGAAGAGCUCUAAAGAUGAAGGAGUGAAAGGAAAAGCCAGGAAUAGUCAAGCGAGCUACAUAACAUGUGGACCUGCAAAAAAUCAAGGUGGUGCAGCCAACCAGGAGGGUGCAGUAGGUGGAGUUGGUGUCUCAAGUCCAUCAUGCCAUGCAGCAAACUCCCACUCCAGUCGUACCAUUGACCGCAUCACCCUAUUGGUAGAUGAGACACGUUUUGUCGUGGAUUCCAAUAUUUUCAAACGUCAUUCUAAUACAAUGCUUGGAAGAAUGUUCACAUCUUCCCUGGAGAAUAACUUCACACGACCCAACGAGCGUGGAGAGUACGAGGUUGCAGAUGGAAUCUCAGCUACUGUCUUCAGAGCAAUUUUGGAAUUCUACAAGUCUGGAGUUGUACAUUGCCCACCAAGUGUUUCAAUACAGGAACUAAGGGAUGCCUGCGACUAUCUUCUCAUUCCCUUUGAUGCUCACACGAUUAAAUGCAAAAACCUGAGAGCGUUGCUACAUGAACUAUCCAAUGAUGGGGCAAGGGAGCAAUUUAGAUACUACUUAGAUGAGAUGCUGCUACCAUCAAUGGUCAAAUGUGCUGAGAAAGGUGACAGAGAGUGCCACAUUGUGAUAUUAAUGGAGGAUGACAUGAUAGACUGGGAUGAUAACUUCCCUCCUGCAAUGGGGGAGGGAGAAGAAUGCUCACAAGUGAUACACAGCAACCAGAUGUUCCGGUUUUUCAAGUACAUAGAGAACAGAGAUGUAGCUAAGCAAGUGCUCAAAGAGAUGGGGUUAAAGAAGAUCCGUCUAGGAAUAGAGGGCUACCCCACAUCCAAAGAGAAGAUCAAGAUAAGACCAGAUGGCAGAGCAGAAGUGAUCUACAACUAUGUACAAAGACCCUUCCUACACAUGUCCUGGGAGAAAGAAGAGAAUAGAAGUAGACAUGUAGACUUCCAGUGUGUGCCCAGUAAAUCUUUCACCAACCUGGUAGAAGCUGCCAAUGUUGACCCUCUGGCGCCAGUGCCCCUACAGGAUAUAGACAAUAUAAACCAGAUUCAGGUGGUCCAUGCUGGUGCCGCAGCAGCUCCCCCUCUACCUGCACCUAUCCCAGUGGAUCCUGUCAAUGUGGUUCCCCCACCACCAACUCAGAGUGAGGCAUAUCCUGGGUUACAGUUGCCCCCGGAGCCAGAGUGAAGAGAACUCAUAGUUCAUGAUAUUUAUAUUGUGCUUACGCUUUUGAGCCAAUUAUUUAUUCUUCAUCGUGUAAAAUUGUUGUAUCAGUUCCCAUUUUGUGGGUAAUCAUUUUCUGCAAAUAUUCCCUUUCCAGUAACUGAUUAGCAAGAUGACACAGUUGGCAGAACACAAUUUCUCUCAGAUUUUUUAGAAAUUCAAAUGAGGGAAGUACUGUUCAAUCUCUGCUCACAAGUGAAUUUCAGGAUACAUUUUGUAUCAUAAUUAUUAUGCAAAGAGGCUGUGGACCCAGUUACAUUCCGUGGGAACUGAUACAUCAAUGUACAAAAAGAAAACAGUUGGAAAACUUCAGUUUAUACCUGAAUUGUAUAGAUAUGCACUGAAAGAUGUCACUGCAUUCAAUGACUCGAAAUCGAGUGGAUGAAUGCCAAUAGAUGGCAGCA